AUGGUGCACUACUUGAAGGCUACUUCGUUCGUGGUUCUUGUGAUCUGCUGCAUGUUCCCUUGGAGUAUGCAGCUGCAGCCGCAGGGGAAAUGGUCCAAGCCACCUUGCUUCGAGCCUCCGACUCACCGCUGUGUGGAUGGCCGGAGCUGCGUAUUUGUUUGCCAGUAUAACGGAAUUAGAACCUAUAGGGCAUACUGCGUAAUACCUGCAAAUGCUCAGGACAAAUAUAUGUGCUGCUGCCCACCAUAG